AUGGUGAAAUACUUGGGCCAGAGUGACGCGCGAGGACUAUGGGGUAUCAAGCAUACGAGGAAACCUGUCGACCUCAUGGUGUCUGCUGCCAAGGCAUUACCACCAGGUCAAGCUCUGCCAAUGGUGAAAUUGAUGAUAGCGUUGGAUGGCGUCCAUCUAGAACCUGUCUCCCAUGGAACAAAAACUGACGAGUUUGAUCAGAUGUCAGUCUUCUUCAACAUAGAGUCCAUAUCUUAUGGAGUACAGGACCUGGUCUACACAAGGGUCUUCUCCAUGAUUAUUGUCAAGGACACUGCUGAUGUUAAGGGCUUAAAUCCCUUUGAAUGCCACGGUUUUGUCUGCGAGUCCAGGAACGCAGCUAGGCGUUUGACCUACGCGUUAGCAGCAGCUUUCCAAGAUUAUUCUAGAAGAGUGAAGGCGUUACAAGCUAGCUCAGAAUAUGAGGAACCAGCUCCAACAAAGCCGAGGUUUGCGAUAGACCUGCGCACUCCAGAGGAAAUAGAAGCUGACCUGGAGACGGAGGCGUAGUUCUUAAUUAUUUAUGUAUUAUUCUGUAUUUGGAUGAACUGGGCAAGCCAUACAGAAUAAUUGAAAUCAUUAUAAAAAUGAGCCUCUCAUAUAUAGGCUCUCUGUAUCUUCACUUAGCCUGUAGCAUCAUUCGGAAUUGCUACUUUAAUGUACCGUGACCUCGGCCCGGAGAAGAAAAAGGAACGGUUUUUAGUCAGUAAGAGUCUGACACUCACUCUCGCCUCACACUGGGCUAGAGAAGUCAGUCGAUGACUUUUCCCUGACA